GGCCGCCGACGCAGCAGCCGUCCGCACCAGCUGAGCCCGAGACGCGCGGGUCCUCGGGAGGGCCGUGCGGGCGCUGCGGGAGGGCGCGCGGGAAGGGCGGGGCGGCCCGCACGCGCCCCCGGUCGUCCCCCGCCGGUGAGCGGACCGGCCCAGCGCAGCCCCGGCGCGGGGGGCGCCGGCCCGGCGAGGGCGCGGGUGAUGCCGCGGUGACGGCCCCGCCAUGGCGAAGCCCCCGGCGUCGUCGUCGGAGGAGCUGAGCCAAGUGCCGGACGAGGAGCUGCUGCGCUGGAGCAAGGAGGAGCUGGCGCGGCGGCUGCGGCGCGCCGAGGGCGAGAAGGUGGGCCUCAUGCUGGAGCACGGCGGCCUGAUGCGCGACGUGAACCGGCGGCUGCAGCAGCACCUGCUGGAGAUUCGCAGCCUCAAGGAAGUGAACCAGCGGCUGCAGGACGACAACCAGGAGCUGCGAGAGCUCUGCUGCUUCCUGGACGACGACCGGCAGAAGGGGCGCAAGCUGGCCCGUGAGUGGCAGAGGUUCGGGCGCCACGCGGCCGGCGCCGUGUGGCACGAGGUGGCCCGCUCGCAGCAGAAGCUGCGCGAGCUUGAGGCGCGCCAGGAGGCUCUGCUGCGCGAGAACCUGGAGCUCAAGGAGCUGGUUCUGCUGCUGGACGAGGAGCGCGCCGCGCUGGCGGGGUCCGCGGGCGGCGGCGGCGGUGGUGGCGGCGCGGGCUCUCGCAGCUCCAUCGACAGCCAGGCCAGCCUGAGCGGGCCGCUGGCGGGAGGCGCGGCGGGCGCGGGGGCCCGCGACGUGGGCGACGGCAGCAGCACAUCGAGCGCAGGCAGCGGCGGCAGCCCGGACCAUCACCUCCACGGCCCGGCCCCGCUGCUGCCUCCCGGGCCGCACAAGGCCCCCGAUGUCAAGCCCGUCGCCACGCGCAGGUCCAUGGACGACCUGUCGGCGCCAUCGCACCACCGGAGCAUCCCCAACGGCCUGCAUGAUCCCUCGUCCACCUACAUGCGGCAGCUGGAGUCUGAGGUGCGGCUGCUCGAGGGCGACAAGCCCCUUGCACAGCUGGCGGGCCCUGGAGAGUUCCGGACGCUGCGUAAAGGCUUCUCUCCGUACCACUCAGAGUCCCAGCUGGCGAGCCUGCCUCCCUCCUACCAGGACGCCCUGCAGAACGGCCCAGCCAGCCUGGGGGCUGAGCUGUCCUCGCCCGUCUCUGCUGGCUACAGCUCUGCAGGACAGAAGCCAGAGGCUGUUGUGCAUGCCAUGAAGGUCCUGGAGGUGCACGAGAACCUGGACCGGCAGCUUCAGGACAGCUGUGAGGAGGACCUGAGCGAGAAGGAGAAGGCCAUUGUCCGCGAGAUGUGCAACGUGGUCUGGAGGAAACUGGGAGAUGCCGCCAGCUCCAAGCCCUCCAUCCGGCAGCACCUGUCUGGGAACCAGUUCAAGGGGCCUUUGUAGGGCCGUUGCUCUGCGGACACGGACUGGCCCUGCCUGGGGCCCUGUGGACACGGACUGGUCUUGCUGGGCCCGAGGGGGAGUCGGCAGGCCCUCGAGCUGAGUCACCUUGUUUUCCUGUGGUGAACUGUAUAUAGGCCGCUGCCCACCGUCGCCUGGCUGCCGUGGGUCCAGCACAUGGACAGCCGGGCCUCCAUCUCCUGCCUCUCACACACCAGCAAUCUGCGAGAGUGGCGGCCACCGUUCUCUGCCGUGCAGUGGCCUGGACGGCCUCCUUACUGCUGCCGGGCUGGGCUCUGGGCGCCUUGGUGGGAGGCUGAAGGCUGCUCUGAGAGGCCAGCCCAGGAACCAUCCAGGCCGAGCCCAGCCUUAAGGAAGGGUACCUCAUCAAGCCCUCUACCCCUGGCGGCCACCCUCGUGGGGGAGAGGCAACUGGCAGCUGGACCUGACUUCGGGGCACCACUUCUCACCCACCUGCUGUGGCCUGGAUGCUGGCUCACCGAGCGCUGGGUCCCAAGUCAGGGACGAGGAAACUUAUGCCCAAGGCUGGCUGGAGGCUUCCGAGGCCCAUCCUCUGCCCCCCUUGUCCAGCUCCCUGCUGCAGGCUGCUGCUUGUUUUUAGUUCACACCCUCACCCCAAAACACAUUCUCUGCUGUGUCCCCCACCCCAUGCCAGGUUGUGCCCUGUCUUUUCGGGUCCCUCGUGCCUGGUGCCUGAGGCAUCUUCCUUUGUGUGGUUCACCCGAUGGGCCAGGAAGUAGGAGGGCUGUGGGGGUGUCUCCGGCUGGCCUCUGCUCAGCUGUGGCACCCUGAGCCUGGCCCCCUCCUGGGCCCUGGGGACAGAGCUGUGUGGGCUGCAGGUGGCGAGUUCUGCCCUCCCUGGGGGAGCCUGGCCUCCCUGGCUCUGGCUCCCACUUGCUGGGUGACCUUCAGCAAGCCGCUCGGCCUCUCUAGGCCCCCGGUGGGAAGGUGAGGUCCCGGGUUUCCGGCUGCACCCCACCGUGCGAGGCCAUCGGCUUGGUCGGCUUGUGCCCGUAUGGCCGCGAGCUGCCGGGGCCCACCUGCUGGGGAGGCUGCUGGCGGGUGGGCCGGGCGGAGCCGGGGCCCGAGCUGAGGCCCGCCGCCUCCCUCCCUCCAGCGGGGGACUGUAGCCUCCCCUCUCCGGGUCUGUGCCCUCCGCUGUAGAAUGGGUGGCGCAAGGCCGUCCUUGCAGGGGCCUGGGGAUCAAAUGAAACCUUUGGUGUAAAUGGCCAUGUACAAACUGUAAAGUGCGAUAUAUAAAUCUCUGAAUCUGUGAGGAAAUGAGGGCCAGAGGGGUAAAUGACCCGUGGCACAUGAGCUCCCAGACGCUGGAAGGUGAGACAGGCCACCGUGAAUGCUGUGACCAGCCCUGGCGUCUACUAGUCGGUCCAGGUCCUCACCUGCCAGCCAACGCCCUGCACUCGCAGCGGGACUCAGGGCCUCCUGUGGCUUGAAGGAUCCCGGCUGUCUUCCCGUGGGGCAGGCCUCGUCCAGGCCCACGCGAGGGAUGUGGACAGGCAGGGGACGUAAAGUUAAGUCCUGUUCCGAUCCCCAGCAGGGACUCUGAGCAGCGUCUCCACCUGUUUGCCACUGUCCCCCUUGGGUCUUACUCUCAGGGGAAAGUCUGGUGGCCUGUUGUGCCCAGGGAAGUGCUAAGUGGGGCUUCCAGUGGUGAUAGGUGUGUCCCUCUUGCCCUGGGUGUUACAGGGAGCUCUGGGCUCUUUCAGGAAGGAGCUCACCGCAGGUCAGGUGGUGAGCUCCCUGUCACCGCAGGUGUGCGUGGGAGCUGGGGAACAUCUUUGGUUGUGGCACUGGGUGAUUCCUGCUCAAGUGGCCAGUGAGCUGGGGGAGACAGACGCUCUUUCUGGGUCUUGUAAUCCAAAGAUUCACAGAGCAGCCCCAAGGUGGGUAUGGGUCCAUUUCGGGUGGGAGCCACAUCUGGGAGCCCAUUUGUCACACUUGGGUGCAGUUGUUUUGGCCACCACUGAAAAUAAGCAAUAAGUAAAGGCUCCUGGUGUCUGCAGCUCUCCUGCAAACACACCCCGGGAAGAAUAGCCUCCGAGGGACCUUCCUCUCUUGGGGGAAGCGCCCUGUCUCAUGCUGCAGUGGCACCAGAGUGUAGGUGGGGCGUUUCUGCCGGAAGCAGCUGCCCGCCUGCUGUGGACGCAGCAGCAGCCAGGUACAGAGGUCUCUCUCCUUCCCGCCCCUGCUGUGUCCGAGCCAGCACUGCAUGCGGGUGGCUUUCUAGGACAGUCACCUAAUGUAAUGAGCUGUUAAAAACCAGCAGCGCCUCUGCUUGACUCCAUGAGGGGGGCACGGUGGGCAGGCUGGGGAGGGUCAGAGGGCCUCGGUACAGGGGCAGUCAGGGCCAGCUCAGCUCGGGUCCCAGCUCUGCCACUAACGGAGCACGCAUGGGGUGACACUGGGUGACUCCAACCUUCUGGAGCCUUAGCUCUAAAACUCAUGGUGGGGUUGAGGGUGUUACUGAACUCGGUGUCCUUACAUGAGGGCCCCUUUCUGUUUCAAAUACUCUGACUCUAGACCUUGAAGCCCAGUGUGGCACCUGUUCCGUGGCUUCAGUUCCCACUGUGAUGAUGUCACCCUUCCAGCCUCACACCAGGUGGCCAAGCUCAUCCUGGAAUCGGAAUCUACUGAGCACAUUUUUUAGGGUGGCACAUUUUUAUCCAAAAGUUAUUAGCUACACAUCAGUGUUUGAAAGAAGUGAUAUUUCAUUGUUUUUUUUCUUGAGAACUUGAGAGGAAACAUACUACUGAAUUUUUUUUUAAAGAAACUAAAUGCAUGACUGCAGAGCGGUAGAGGUGCAUAUUUUCAUAAUGGGGGAGGGGGUAAUACUUGUGCUGCUUUCUGGGAUGGGCUGGAACGUCUGGUUCCUGUCCCCGGCUGGCAGCUGCAGACCAGGAUGCUGGGAAAACGGGGCCAGUCCCCUCCCAGCCCCGGGAAGAGCUGGGAGCUGUGGACUCCUGGGCCGUUUCUACCUGCGAUUGAAACACAUUCAUUUGGGGAGAGGAAAAAAUAGAACUUUUUGAUAGCGUGGUAAAAACACUGAUUUGAACUAUUUUAGUAAAAGGAGCAACAGAGAAGAUUGUGAUAGUGUAUACUUUGCACUAGAUAAAUAAAGGCUCUCUGCAAGCCUCGUGGCAGGUG